UUAUUUUAUCGGUCCCCACCACCUGGAGAGAGAUAAAAAAAAAAUGUUGACUCUGGUGAGAUUUGAACCCGGGAUGUGAAGGCCUGUAGGUGAAUACUUGCAUUUAGCCUGCUACUCUACCGUUUCUGCCAACUGAUAGUAUUAGCACUGCUCAAGUAGUGAGGGUGAUGAUUCAUCAUCCAGCAUGACUCAUCCCAAACCGCUGCUGCCAUCAUCAUCGUCACCAGGAGCAGCAGCAGCAGCAGAAGAAACAGCAGUAGAGAGACAACAGCAGUAAGCAAAGUCUUCAUCAUCUUGUAAACAAGCCCAGUAGCAGGCAAAUUGCAGUGAUAUAUACCAGUAGCUAUAACAAAACCAGCAGCACCACCACCACCACCAUCACAUUUGUGUUGUAGUUGUGGUUCUUGUUGUUGUUGUUACCUGUCAGUAAGAGCAGGAAGGGAUGUGGUGUAGUUGUUGCUGCCGUUGUUGGCGGCAGAGGUGGCGGUAACAGUGACAAGGCGGCGGCGGUGGUGAUGCUGGUGUUUGCGAUGUUUUAUGUGUUGUGUAAAGUCGACACAGACCCAAACAAUAACAACUCAUGAUGCUGGGCUUUUUUCCCCUUUUUUUGUUCCCUUUUAACCAACAACAACAACAAGUCUUACAAAUCUGACUCUACUAAUUUUAAUUUUCCUGAUGACUAAAUAAAAUUAAACUUAUCUUUAUUUUGGAUUACAAGAUAUUUCCUACAUAUAAAAGGAGCAAGGGAAAAGAAAACCGGAAUAUUUUCUAAUACAAAUGGUAAUGUGUCUUUUUAUCGUACAAAAUGUUUCUGGAAGAAAUUCAAAGAACUCUCCAAGAGCGCCAAUUGCAAUCUAGAUCUCAUAAACAGUUUGUCUUGGAUAAACUAGAUGUCUCCAUAUUCUUAGCAUGGAUUCUUCAACAAUAUGACUUCAGUGAAUUAAAACUUGCAUCUGACAAAAACCAUCGAGAUUUCUCGGUGUUAUCCAAUCGGCUGUGUCAGCUGAGUUUGGUGUGUGGUGGAAAUCUGGUAACAUCUAUCAAUAAAUUUAGUAUGCAACGGUUAUUUGGUUCUCCAUCUGUCUGUUGCCGCCAUCAUAACUUCUCUUGCCUACCACAAAUUGCUGAUAUUUCUGAUAAUAUGUGCCACAUGGUGGAAUUGAAGAACUCUGUGGCAGAGAUUAAUAACAACAACAACAACACAACCAACAACUACAAUACUAAUAAUAAUUAUAACAACAAUAACAAUGAUAACAACAACAACAUUAAUAAUAAUAAUAAUAAUAAUCCAUUUGUUAGAGAGACUGAGUCAUUUUCAGCAUUUACACAGAUCCCUUGUGAACGGAAUAGUUCGCAGAAAAUCUGGAAGAUGAAUGAAAAUCAAUUGUGUUUUGACAAAUGUUCAAAUGCGAACAGAAACCAUCAACUCUGCUCAUCUGUCAGUUGUUUAAACAAAACGGAUAUUGAUCAGAAAACACUUUCUGACGAUUCACCCGACAAUCUGACUGACCUCAAGAAAUGUACUUGCCCCCAUAGUCCGUCUCUGCCUCUCACUCCUCAGCCGAGAAGACUCAGUCAAAAUGCUAAUCAAACUGAAUUCAAAGAAUGUUCUAAUUAUUGUUAUUAUUAUACUGUGCCUCCUCUUGCAGAGACAAUUUCUGUCGAAACUGGUGAAACGUUUGCAGUACAUUCAAAGACUUUGAUGAGUGACAGUUUGUCAUCAACUUCACUGUGUCACCAUGACAACCAGCCAGUUCAGAACGAAAGGGAUGCACAUUUAUAUCACAGCCGUUCCAUAUUUCCUGAUGUCCGUUCUACAUCUGCAGAUCUUCACCAUUCAUUCAACUCCUCUUGUUCAUUACACGUCUGGGAGGAAAGACUGGAUGAAGAAUGUAAUCUCUACAUGCUGGAUCAGAUACAGCCACAACUUCAGAGGAAUUUAGAAAAUCCCAUUGCUAAACUCUUAUCCACUGGAGAUGACAUGCAUUUCAUACCAAUUGGAGAGGAGUUGAUGUUGAAAGUGAGGUCUUCGUAGAGAAUUUUACCAACCAAAACCUAAACCUACCUACAGCAGAUAUCUGAAACCUGCCCUUAAUUUCGGUGGUUCCCCGGAAGAUAUUUAAAAAGCUGCCUGCACAAAUCUUAUUUGUAUGCAAAAAAGAAAAAAA